AUGUCCACCGCCGUCAGACUCCAUGGCAAUCCUCAUACAGGUGCUAUAGAACAAAACAGCCCCAGAGGUUCUACCACCCAAGCUGCUCUCUAUGAUGAGGCACCUCUCGGGUCAUCUGAAAAACCAUCGACCGAUGCCUCGAAUAUGCCUCUCAGCUCUGGUGAUGAUGCCGGGCAUCGGAUUCCGCCAUCAGCACAACCUGGCUAUGAUCUUUCACCGGAAGGGCAAACGACCCUCGAGCAUGGCCAUGACAGGCCGUCCCUCGAAUCCCAGACCGACCGCUCAACGCAUAGUGCCCCCAUGAGCCGUGUGACCACUGACGCCGAUGGGAAUACUUACCCCGAAGGCGGGUUAGAAGCCUGGCUGGUAGUGUUUGGUAGCUGGGCGGGCCUUUUCGCCGCGCUGGGCCUAGUCAAUACUAUCGGAACUUUUCAGGCUUACCUCGACAAUCACCAGCUUAAAGAUUAUAGCUCGGGAAGCACUGGCUGGAUCUUUGGAAUGUAUGCCUUCCUCACUUUCUUCUGCGGUGUCCAGAUUGGCCCGAUCUUCGACGCCAAAGGCCCGCGGUUUCUUGUCUUUGCAGGAUCAGUACUAGUCGUUGUGCAGAUGGCUACUCUGGGGCUUUGCACCCAAUACUGGCACUUCAUGCUUGUGAUUGGAGUCACCGGGGGGCUGGGGGCCUCGCUAAUUUUUACGCCUGCUAUAUCUGCGAUUGGUCAUUUCUUUAACGAGAAGCGUGGUGUUGCAACGGGCAUUGCUGCAACAGGCGGCUCUGUUGGAGGUGUUACGUUCCCCCUCAUUCUCGAAAAGCUGUUCCCGAUGAUCGGAUUUGCCUGGGCCACUCGUGUGAUCGGUCUUAUCUGUUUGGUUCUAGUGAUUAUUUCCUGCCUGCUGGUCAAGUCACGAUUACCCAAGAAGCCGGCUUCCAAAGAGAAUGUACUCCCCGACUUCCGCAUCUUUCGGGAGCCUGAGUUUGCCCUCACAACAGCUGGGAUUUUCUUCGUCGAAUGGGGUCUCUUCGUUCCGAUCAGUUAUAUUUCCUCGUACGCGUUGGCUCACGGUGUGUCCAGCCAGUUUUCGUAUCAGUUAUUGGCAAUCCUUAACGCAGGAUCUUUCUUCGGAAGAUGGAUCCCUGGUUUUGUUGCCGAUUCUUUGGGGCGCUAUAACACCCUAAUUGCCACAGUCGCUUUAUGUCUUGUCUGCAAUGCAUGCCUCUGGCUCCCUGCUGGUGAUAGUGUGCCGGUAAUGGUUGUCUACUGCGUUAUCUUUGGUUUUGCGAGUGGCAGUAACAUCAGCCUCACCCCAGUUUGUAUUUCCCAGCUCUGCAAAAUCGAAAACUAUGGGCGAUACUAUGCUACAUCAUACACGAUUGUGAGCUUUGGCACCCUUACUGGUAUCCCGAUUGCGGGUGAGAUCCUGUCGCGCUGUAACGGAGAGUACUGGGGACUCAUUGUCUUCACGACCUGUUGUUAUGCAGUCGGUCUUGCCUGUGUUACAGCUGUGAAAAUAAUCCACGUUGGCUGGCGUCAGCCCUGGGCACUCUACUGA